GAUUAUAAUUUCUUUUGUUCACACAACUGAAUUUCUCUACAAUCUAUACGCACUCAUCAUCAGUUAUCUGUCACAGGAUUAAAAAAGAAAUCUCCAAAAGAAAUGGUUUCUUCGCUUAACGUCAUCGACGUGUCAGGAGUGACUCCUUCUGACUCGUCCGAGUCACUCACUCUCCCGCUCACUUUCUUUGACCUAAUCUGGUACAAUCUCCACCCCGUCGAACGAGUCAUCUUCUACCGACUUACGGACGCAACGCGCCCUUUCUUCGACUCAGUCAUCGUCCCCAAUCUCAAGUCCUCUCUUUCGUCAUCCCUCUCUCACUACCUCCCACUCGCUGGGAAACUCGUCUGGGACUCACUCGACAAAAAACCUACCCUUGUCUACUCCCAGAACGACGCCGUUUCAUUCACCAUAGCCGAGUCAAAAGCCGUUUUCUCACUGUUAACCGGAAACAAACCGUUCCCCACAACCGAGUUGUACCCAUUGGUGCCCGAGUUACGAACCACCGACGAAUCAGCCUCUGCUGUGUCGUUUCAAGUCACGCUUUUUCCAAACCAAGGAUUUUGCGUCGGCGUAGCUGCACACCAUGCCGUUUUAGAUGGCAAAACGACAACCAUGUUCCUCAAAUCAUGGGCCUACACAUGCAAACUCCAACAAGACCAAACGGUAAACGCUCCCUUACCGCAGGAUCUAACCCCGAUUUACGAUCGUACGGUCAUAAAAGAUCCGAACGAUAUCGAAACGGAGGUAAUGAAUCACUGGAAGUCUAAACUCGAAAUCAUCUCGGACGGCAACGUGAAGAGCUUAAAGAUUCUUCCGACGCCGGAGCCUAGUCCCGACGUCGUCCGAUUCACACUCGAUCUCACUCGUGAAGAUAUCCAAACGCUUCGAGAGCGACUCAAGAGAGAAUCGUCUGCGUCCUCGUCACCUAAAGAGCUUCGCUUGUCGACGUUUGUGGUUACGUUCUCGUACGCGUUUACUUGUUUAGUCAGAGCUCGUGGCGGAGAUCCGAAGAGACCAGUCGGGUACGUGUUCUCGGUGGACUGUCGAAGCCUUCUUGAUCCGCCGAUCCCUUCGAAUUAUUUCGGGAACUGCCUUUCGGCGUCGUUUAAUAUGAAGUUAACGGCGGAGACGUUUAUGGGUGAAGAAGGGUUCUUAAAUGCGGCGAGAAUGGUUAGCGAUUCGGUUGAGGAGUUGGAUGAAACGGUGGCCUUUAAUAUUCGGAAGAUUUUUGCAGCGUAUCCAAGUCUUCCACCAGGAGCGCAGCUUAUUUCUGCUUCGGGGUCGACCCGAUUUGGAGUAUACGGGUUAGAUUUCGGGUGGGGUAAACCGGAGAGGGUUGCGAUUGUGUCGAUCGAUCAAGGGGAAGUGAUAUCUAUGGCGGACGGUAGAGAUGGGAUUGGUGGUGUGGAGCUUGGCUUCUCUCUCAAGAAACACGAAAUGGACAAUUUGAUUGAUUUGCUUCCUGAGGGAUUAAAAAUCUAAAUCAAUUUUCCUUUUAAAAUUUCUUUUCUGUGAUUUUCGUUUUUUAAAAAGGAAUUGAAUAAUUAUUAAACUAAAACUGAGUUCGUGUUUCAGUAAUAACAGUUGUGAUCAAUUUCAGCUUAUUGCAAAUC